AUGAAGGAUAGCCCACCCGACCAUAUCACUAACGAUAGCCUUGGCCCAGAAGGCCUUGAAUUUGGGCCGAAGGAAUUUGAGUUUGGUGUCUUACGCGAUAUCUAUUCCCGACAGGAAACCUGCACGCUAUGUCGACUGGUUGUCAACUCUCUAGGUGACCAAGUCAGCAAAUUCCUACGUGAGACUUCUGGAAACACUGAAGCAAAAUUCUACGAUUCAGACGCAUCCUGUUCUAUAAGUUGGCAGAUAGAUGGAAGGAUUCUCCUCCGCGAUAAAGCUGGCAGCAUCAAGGGGGAUCGCGCUUGCACACGGCGUCUUCGGCUAAGAUGGAGUGAAGCAUCAUGGCCCGAUUCCUUUGUCGUGUUGAUGGAAAAGAAAGGCACAACCCAGAGUUUAUUCCUUGCGAGGUCUCUGGAAAACUUUAAACCGGAUGCUGCUUUGGUGCAACGAUGGCUGCGAUUCUGUGAUGAAUCGCACGGCAACAAAUGCAAACCAUUCACCCCCGAUACUCUCAUCUCUAAACCAUUUUUCGGGGUCAUUGAUGUUAAGGUAAUGUGCCUUACAAAGUUGCCAAAGGAUGCACGGUAUGUGGCUUUGAGUUACAUGUGGGGUAGGGACCAAUGGCGAUUUCAGACCAAACGUAAGAACAUCAAAGACCUCAUAGCUUGUGGAGGGUUGAACAAUUGGCACGAUAGCCUUCCCCGUACCAUUCGCGACUCGAUUCGGCUCGUCACCGAGAUUGGGGAACGAUAUCUUUGGGUCGAUGCUCUUUGCAUUAUUCAGGACAGCGAUCGCUCGUGGGCAUUGAACUCCCGGCUCAUGAAUAUUGUUUACGGAAAUGCGUACUUCACUAUCUGUGCUGCAGACGGAACACAUGCCAAUGCCGGUCUACGGGCGCUACAAGACCCUCCUCGCUACCAGAACAUCGCCUUCUACGGGGGAGGGGUCCGUUUAAAGUGUCUUCGGCCCGCUGAACACUACAUUCGCAAUUCGACUUGGAAUACUCGCGGCUGGACUUUCCAAGAACGACUUCUUUCCCCAAGGACUUUGAUAUUUGCGGAUGGCCGAAUGUUCUUUCAGUGCCGGUGCACGGCUCGAUCGAUGGAUAUCAUCACCGAAGAUGAAAACGCCGGGUGGUCCGUUGAAUUCCGCGACUCACCUUCCUUGAUACUCCAAAAGCUAUACUCUCAACCACUACUCGUUUACAAGGAGGCACUUCAAUUGUACAUGAAGCGAAAAUUAACCUUUGCAAGCGAUAUUCUUGCUGCAUUCACAGGUAUUGGGAAUCUAGUAUGUAAUGCUCUUGGCGGAAGUCUGGUCUACGGGUUACCAACGUCACACUUCGAUUGGGCCUUGCUGUGGGAGCCUCAGGAUGCUGCUGCUCGUCGUCCGCAAGAGGACGACGAGAAGUUUCCUAGCUGGUCUUGGUGUGGCUGGAAGAAUGAGAAUAUGGACUUCCAAUACAAAGACCGAAUGCUUGCAGGGGUCGAAGACAAUCUCCACGACUGGCUUGUUAAUCACACGUGGAUUACCUGGUAUAUCCGCGAUGGCAAUGGAAACUUGAGGCUAGUUUGGAAUGGGAAAAGUGGACAGGCAGCAAAGGCUGAGUUGCCCUGGAAAGGGUAC